AUGAGAGUGGACAAUGAGCCUUUUCCUGCACAUAUGAUUGGCGUCAAUUGGCUUGAAAGAUGUAACAAAAGGAAGAAUGUUGUGGAUGUCGGGGAAGAGGGGCCCAGGAAAGUUACUAUCGUGGCAUCGGAGAAAUUGAAAGCCACCAUUACAACUGGCAGGAGAGAAACUGAGCGACAUCUCAGUAGGAUGGCGACCCGAUCGUAUAGACCUUUCAGCCCAAGAGAGGGCCCGAACAAGUCUUACGAGACAUUCCGAAAGAUAGACAAGAGGGCUACAGAUGAAGACUCCCCUCAAAGGACUUUUGAGUCCACAAGAUUGGAAGAAAGAGACAAGGAAGCGAUCGGAUGCAGCAAGCCGUCUACCACCUCUAAUUCGACCAAUGUUAGGCCACCUAGCUCGAUAAAACCAGCAUUGAUUCAAGAUGGGAAGUGGUAUCUGGUGGGGAAAAGAGGCAAGCCAGGGAGAGAACUAACCAAUACCCAGGCCCGACGGAUCAAAAGGCAAUAUGGGAAGGCCAUAAGAGACAUGGAGAAUCAGACAGCUCAAUCAAGUCCACAGAGGACCCAAGGACAUACUAGGUACGAGUCUCAUAAUAAAGGAAGAUCAACAAUAGGAAUGCUCAGACCUAAGGGUUCACACGUAUUCACCACCCAAUCAAAGAUGACUGAACUAAGGCCAUUUUUGGAAAAUAAAAAAGCAACAGAAGAAAAGGAACAUGGACUACCUUACCAGUCGCGCUAG